GCAACAAUGUGGAAGCGAAUCUUCGGAGAGCACGGCGCGAAGAAUGUCGUUACCCUAUUCCACAAGCCAUCCAGCGCCGCAUCCACCCGCGUACUCACCGUCCUCAAGCAGGCGCACGCGCAGGCAGUAGCACACUCGACGGAGGACCAGGCGAGCUCGCAUCAAGCACAGAGCAAGCUGGAGCGAAUGGAGUUUGAACUGGAUGUCACGGACGCGCCGCCGACCAGCGAUCAACUCAAGAACAUCCUCGAAUACCUCGGAGGACCAAGCGCAGUGUCGAAGGUCAUUAAAGGGGCACAGAAUGAGUCGGAUGCGAUGAAGAAGCUCGAGGCGGAUGGCGAGGCAUUCGAGCGGCCAGUGGUGGUGGACUGGAACCAAGGCAAAGCAGUUGUCGGAGACAAUGAGUCGGAGAUCUUAUCACUUCUUCGCUCCAUCCCCAAGGAGACUGACAAGGCGUAAAACAUGCGUUGAACAUCAUAGUUCGUGUAUAUCAUUUGCACAGGUAAUCGCAACUCCGGUUUGGAUGAGCCGACCUUGGAAUAGAUUGGCUCGUCUUGCCCCUCAACAACUUUCUAGCGUGAGGAACAAACAAACUGUGGCUAAGCGACGGGUGGCUGCAAUUACGCUGCCCAAAUUCUGGA